CUUCCAACAGCUUGCCGAAGUUGGUUUCAUUUGAGAUCUUCAACGGUAGAACACUUCUCCCGUCGUAUGAAGUCAUCUCAGACCUUUACUAAACUUGCCAAUCAGAGUAUUCCCAGAGUUCUACUGGUAUACCUUUUACAAUGACUUCUAGCAUUCCAUCAGAGGUUCUUGCGCAAUAUCCAGCUCUGGCCCCUCCGCCGGGUGUUGAGCCCAACCUCAACAUCCCGGAGUCUAGGGCACAUAGUGUCAUCGUUGCAAGCGGUGUGUUUACAGCUAUAUUGUUGAUCUUUGUUAUUCUCCGAAUGUAUGCAAAGGUCUUUGUAUCAAAGUCAGUUGGAUGGGAAGAUGGUAAGCACGUAUAAUUGAAGGCUGCGAUAACCAUACUUACACAUCAGUCUAGCUGCAUGUGUAAUGGGAACAGUGUGUUUAAAUCCGCCACCCAAUUAACAAUAUAGCCACUGAUAGAAGCAGAUUUUCUCCGUUGGCUAUGUGGGGUUGGUUUCACACGGUUCGUCAAACCAAUUACCUACCCAUUUUGGUUACAUAUGUUAACAUUACUUGAAGUGUUUCAUAGUGGUAUUGGGGCCCAUCAAUGGAAUGUACACUUAACGGUGUUUUUUAAUGAAACCACUGUAAAGGUAAUGCAAUAUCUUCAGGAAAGUUUAUUGAGUGGUCACUAAUCAACUUCUCUGCAGGAGUUGAAAGCAACAAAUUUCCUCUCCUCGCCUAUGAUGAUAUUCGCAAAACUAAGUGUUUUGCUUCUUUUUUUCCGCCUUUUUGCUACCACAAAAUCGUUCCGAAACUGGAUAUACUUUGGCAUAUUUACAAUACUCUUGAAUCAUGUUGGCGGUGUGCUACUUGCAGGUAUGGUAAAUUCUGCUCUCCAACUGUUUGAUUGGUACCCUCAUUACUGACAAUUACCUGUGUUAGUCUUUCUAUGCCUCUCAUCAGACCCUAUCGUCUAUGCAAAAUGUUCGGAAAAGACGGUUAUCCUGGAUGUCGUUAUUAGUGUUAUCAACAUUAUUAGCGACUUUUGUAUACUUCUCUUACCUCUACUUGUCAUUUCUCAGCUACGCAUGAAUGGUAGAAAAAAGGUGGGAUUGUGCGCAGUAUUCAUGACUGGUCUUGAGUGAGCUUUCACAGAGAGGACUUUUCUGUAUAAGCAUCAUUCAGCAACUAAUAUAUCGCAGUGCCUGUAUUUCAAGCGUUGUUGGCUUGAUCUACAGAGUGGUCCAGUGGCAUAGUGAUGACACGAGUUGGUGGCUUGGCCCACUACUGGUCCUCUCGUCAGUCUCCCAUGAACCAGCUUAAUUUUCUGCUCAGUCUGCUAACUAUCCAUAGCCUCCUGGAGGUAAACAUGACUCUUAUUACAGGAUGUAUGCCCCUUAUUCCGGUAAUCUUCAAGAACAACAAUCUGUCUUUGGAAUCUUUCCUGAGCUCUCGGUUCUUCACUCUUCUUAGCCUGCGUACCAAAAGAUCUUCGAAUUAUGAGAGCGAUGAUGCACCUUCCAAGCCAAUCUCUAGAGAGAACUAUGUUGAGAUGGGUAACAGAAAUUCAAAGGAUAAGGGUUUUAAGGCUGGGGACGGUGAUGUGGUCUGA